AUGCACUUUCAGCCUCUCGCAUUUGACGACAAGGUGACAUGGUACAACAACGGAGGGUCCAACUUCCAGAACUUGGGGUCGUCGACGGCAAUAUCCAAAGCCCCUCAACCUACGGACGUCCAUGAAGUGGUGGCUGCUUGCCAAACACUAGAGCUCUUCGCCAGCGAAUAUUUUUCGGCCGACCUGAAAUCUUCCAUCACGGCGCUAGUCGCACUAGUUACGGGGCUCGCUCGUUCUCAUGUGUGGGAGGUCGACGAUCUACCAUUGCUCGUCUAUUGGAUCAAUAUCACGCUAGAAGAGUAUCGCACUCAAGUCAGCCACGCAACACUGGUACCUGGUGAGUUCCAGAAAAAGUUUUCGCUGGAGAACAGCAGCCUGCAGCACAUCCUGCAAACUGUGUCUUCUCGACAGCUUCAGCGUCUCCGCAACGAAAUUACGCAAGCUGACCUAGAGAAGCUGAUUCCACUGCAAGACGGGACGCAGCUAUGUCUUCGGUACUUAUCAGUAAAAGGUUGUCGCUCCAUACCUACUGCCCCAUGUUUCACAGGGCGAGCUCACUUCGAUCCGGAAUCGCUUCACCCGCGACUGAAAGCUCUCAUUAAAAAGCGCUUUGGUGGGCUCAAAACCUAG